UUUUCUCACACACACACAAAUAUUUAACCCUCUUUCCUACGCAGCGGUCACGUGCGGUCUGAGGUAUACAUACCAUCGUGCUUUUCGCUUCUUCCCCCUGCACGCACUCAGUCCCUGCAACACUCUUCUCCAACAGCUAAAAAAAAUAAAUAAAUAAAUAAAAUUUUGAAGAAAAAUAAGAAGGGUAAAAAAUAGCAAAGAUGGGUCUGGGACAAGACACAAAAGAGUUUCUUUUUUAGAUUUUUAGAAACCAAAAUAAAUAAAUUAAAUGGAAAUAAGGCAAUUUCGAUCGAAAACCCUCAACUUUGCCAAAUGGGUUAUUGCAGAGUGUUUUGCAGUUGCAGCCUUUUUCACAGCCGUCUUUACCAUUACCAUUGUCAUUGAGUUAUUUAGUAUCCGUUAUUACCAUGCACAAUAGACGUGCCUCGAUAACUUCUCAUAAUCCCAUUUUUUCCAUUUUUUUUUUUUUUGCUUUUUCAGUCUUAAGAUUUAUGACAUUUGACAAUAAUAAUAAUAACUGUCUUUUUAGCCUAAUAAUUGUUCUGUUUUAAAAAUUGCGUCUUCUUCUUUAACUCGUAAUAAAAACUUCUAAUGAAUCCUUCUGUAUGAAGAGUACAUAUAAUACUUGUAUUAUUUUUAACAUUUAUGCACACCCCUGUUUUUCUGCAGGAACCCUUUUCUGUGUUUAAGUUUAUUUAUUUAUUAUUUAUUUUUUUUUAUUUUUGGUUUGGGUGGUUCUGAGGUCGUAAUUAUCCUUGUCAGACUCUCUAAUUACUGCUUCUGCCACAGGCUUUUUCGUAUACCAUUUCACACCUAACAUCAUUUGCCGCUUCUCGUUUGUCACUUACUACUAUUACUGCUGAUACCAGCUCGUGCUUUGUUACCACUCCCAGUACUACUUCUCUGUCUAGGCAUUACUGCGUACCCGCUACUCUACUGCCCUUUCCUCUUGCUAUGUCUAUUUCUCUUCUUUUUCAUUUUUCACAAUUGGGUUUUCUUCUUUUUCACUUUUGAAACCCCCCCUUUUUCUUUUUUAACUCAUAUAUACAAACAAUAAAUACAAAUGGCUACUCCACCACCGCCUCGGUCUUCCUCCAUGCCGUCGCUACCGCCGCCGUGUCCCAAGUCACCGCCGGCGUAUCCAGAUUUGUAUGGGAAGCGUCGGGAGACGGCUAAGGUUCAGAUGCUUGAGAGGGAGAUUGGUUUUCUUCAGGAGGAAUUAAAAUCCGCAGAGCGCAUUCAACCUGCUUCCAGAUGCUGCAAAGAGGUGGCUGAUUUUAUUGUGGCUAAUCCAGAUCCUUUAAUGCCUACGAACCGAAGGAAACGCCGCUCAUGUCGUUGCUGGAAAUGGCUCUGUGGCUUCCCCUGUUUUAACCUCUCAUGGAUUUGCUGUUGCUGUUAUUCUAAAUGCUGCUCCAUAAACCUUGAAAUGCCACAAUGCUGCAAGUGUAAAUGCAGUCCUUGUGAUUGUUGUUGUUGUAAAUGCCCGUCGUGUUUCAGUUGCUCGUUACCAAAAUGGCGUUGCCCUCGUUGUUCAUGUUCGUGUCCUCGACCAAAUUGCUGUAAAAAGAAGUCAUGCAACAGAAGUUGUUGCUGCCUAUUCCCUAGUUCUUGUUGUUCAUGCCCUGAUUGCCCAUCUUGCAGAUGCAAAUGCAAAUGCAAAUGCUCUUGUCCUCCAUGUCUAUAGCCACAGUUACUCUGACAUGGAUGGGAAUUCGAAUCAGGUUUUCCUUCAAUAAUUCUGCCAAUCUGACCUCCAUAAUUCAAAUUCGUGGCCCUACUACGGAGUCAUAAUUGAAUCAAGUCAUCAAAUUGGCAGGCUUUUGAAGACUCUGUUGAAAUCUAGAGCAACAGGACAGAUCUCAGGCCCAUAUUCGAGGCUGAUUCCCUUGUUUUGAGUGUUUUUGUAGAAAACCAUACAUACAGAGCCCAAGUGUGUAUUUUUAUGUAAUGCCCAACUUCUAUAUAUGGAAGGAAAGUAAAAUGGAUAGGCAAUGUUUCGUUCAAAGUAAACUAAAACGAAUAGCACUUGUCAUUGUAAAGAGUUAAGCCUCUUAUUUGGCAAACCAUUUACGGUAAAUUAAAGAAACAGUUCAAAACAUAAAUAGAAAACAUCAUAUGGCAAGUAUGUAUAUCUGUCAUAAACAGAAUAAAACACUCCUGUGUCAUUCAUUCUAUUAGAUUAGUUUUUAAAAAAGCAGAACAUACAGGGAAGUUUACUUAUCAACUCCUUUCACCCCACUCUCUGAAUUCUGAAAAUGGUUACCAACUGCAAAUCUCAAAUACUAAAAAUUUUAUCUGACUUGAUCAGAGCCUUAUGGCCUCUAUUUCCCUCAUGGCAAAUGGGCACAUUCUGAGAAGAGAAUAACAGUUAAAGAAACUCAUAAACCAUUUUAAUUUUCUCACAACUGCGUCCAUGCAAAUGCAACAGGGCUCCUGACUUGGUGCUCAGCGUUGCUCCACAUGAUUGAACCAAAAGCAGACCUUCCAGAAGAGGCUGCACCUCUUGCUGCCACAAAGGUCACAGUGUAACGAAGCUUCUGCCCAACUGUUUUAAACACAAGCUUGGUUGGCUUAACAGACACGUUCACCAUUGGAGGUGCAUCAACAGUUAAGUUAUAUACAGACCCAGCAGCUCCAACAUUGGUCAAUUGACGAGUGUAGCGAACAACUCGUUUGUUUCCAAAAAUGACAGAGAACGAAGGGUAGUUUAGAGCUCCCGGGUCAGACCACUUUUUAGAACAAGUGACAUUGCGGUGCUUGGCAAUGGAUUGGACAUGAUCAAGGGUGUAGUCCAAGGAGCACAAGAACUGGAUGUACUGUUGGGUUGAGAUGUCAUAAACUAGACCAGGUGAAAUGGCUUUCUGUGGGUCGACAUGGCCCGCCCCAUGAGCCCAUGGGUUGGAAGCGGCACCUCCUUCUGCAUCCCGAAUAGGGGAUUUGGUGUUAUCUAUUACAUAUGCAGUU